UAGUCCCUAGAAUGGUCGGAAAUAUAAUAAAGAAGGUGGUUGCAAUACUAUUUGGGCUAGUAUUGGCCAUAUUACUACGAAUAAUUCUACCUUUUACAUUAAAGUUUAGUAACCUUAAAAUAACUACCGAUAUAAUUGCUUAUUUUAGUGGUUUAACAAUUACCAUUUCCAUUACUGUAUGCUUAUUUUUGGUCAGCAUAUUCCUAGCUUAUUUAACUGAUGAUUGGAUUGCUUUUGGGUUUAUACCGCUACAAAUAUACAUCCUGCAUUGGACCUAUCUCACAUUUUCGGAGCGAUUGGAAAAUAUUAAUAAAAGCUAUGAUGCAUUCAUGGAUGAUUUAACACAAAAAUGGCUGAGCUACUUCAAUUACAAUGACACUUAUUGGACUUCUCUAGAAAAGACAAUCCUGUGCUGUGGAUUGGAGGGACCCCGGUCUUAUAUGGAUUAUCUACAGAAGGUUCCAAAACACUGCUAUAAUCCCAAACUAAUUACUCUUGGCUGUAGUCAUUUUUAUCAAAACAUAUUUCACCCAAUGCAACAUAUAGGUCUCUUAUUGCUUAGAUUGUCACUUUUUGUGGAACUUUGCAUUUUGUUAUUUUAUGGCUUAAGGAUAUUUAAAAAGCUGUUUAGCUUACUUGCAAGGGAAACCAAAAAAAGUUGUUAG